GCCUCGACUCACCCACCAUCAGAAAUCAUCUCGUAUUCAAGAUUUUGAGUACUUGCACAACUCGAUUCACAAAUGCCAGGCCCCCCCCCCCCGGCUCUGGCACGCCUACACUCCACGGCUGCGUCACAUGAGGUCCAAGUCUCGAAAGAUUUUACGCGAGAGGCAAGGGUACAGAUCAAAAACCACGUGGAAGUUGAUGCCAGAAACACCGGUCCACGAAUCAUCCAGAAGCUAGCUGCCUAUGACCUCAUUCUUGCUUCGUAGAUCUCCUGAACUUCGCAGGAAGCCAUCAAUCAAGCUGCCUGCCUGCCUGCACUCUUGACCGCGCAUGCACACACAAGCAGGGGCUUGAUUGCGAGCGUCCACCGAUCGUCGUGGCUGCUUCAAUCGACUGAUUGCAUGCUGCGAGGGGCAGUAGCAAGGCACCGGUACACACGCAACGUGACCCCGCGGUCUGGUAAUUUGGGACUGAGGGGUCGCUGUACGCAAGGAGGGGAGGGUCUGUCACGAGGUUCCGCUAGCCGCGCAGAUGAUCGCUUGCAGCAUCCUACCUACCCAGCACUUCACCAAGGCUGCACAGUCGUGAGUAGUAGCUGAGCGUUAUGAAGCU